AUUCUUUCUCGGACUGGCAAGAAGUUUCCGCCAUGGAAGUAAUAAAUUCACCUCAGUAUUAAAUUCAAGAUUUUUGGUUUCCGCGCAGCAGACUCAGGGGUCAGGGGUCAAGCGCCAAAGGCGGGAGUUUCGAACUUAUUUUUCACAACAGGAAAACAACAUGAUGUUCUACACUCAACUAUUUACCUCUAAGAGAGGCCCACUUGCUAAAAUCUGGUUAGCAGCUCACUGGGAAAGAAAACUCACCAAAACCCACGUCUUUGAGUGUAAUUUGGAAAACACUGUCAAAGAUAUCAUAUCUCCUAAGAUGAAAAUUGGUUUGAGGACAUCGGGCCAUCUUCUUCUUGGAGUUGUGAGGAUAUACUCCAGAAAAACAAAGUACCUGCUUGCAGAUUGUAGCGAAGCUUUGGUUAGAAUAAAAAUGGCAUUCAGGCCAGGUCAGACUGAUCUCCCUGUGGACGGACUUGAGGCUACGGUUAAAGCCAUCACCUUAAUAGAAGAUUUCACAGAUUUUGAUGCACAGCUGCCAGACCCAAGUAAUAUUGACAUGGAGGAUAAUUUUUCACUCAAUCAAUGUCGAACAGAGGAAAUAACUUUAAAGGAGGAUUUUGGCAACAGCUUUUUUAACUUUUCAGAUUUUGACAUUCAAAGCAACCAUCCUGGCCUGCUGGAUGUGAGCUUCCAGAGCUUUACUGAACACACAGACACAUUUGGUGAUGAAGGAAAAGGAUAUGAUAUACUUGACUUUCUCACUGACAAUAAUGAGCAAACGCCUGAAGCUCUUAUCCCACAGCUGCCUGAAAAAGAUGUUUCUUUCGUACUACAUAACCAUCAAGCAGAUGUUGAUGAAGAUAGAGUAAAAGCAGAACCAUCUACAGCAAACGUCACUCUGCUCCCAAAUGAGGAGGAGGCCUUUGCUCUGGAGCCUGUACCAGUUACACCAACAUUUGAUAAAAGAAGGGGGACAAGGAAGCGCAAGCUGGUGAUCGAUGAGGCGAAGCAGCUGACCAAUGAGGCCAUCAAAGAGCAGCUGUCGGACUAUUCGGACCUGAUCGCUCCUUUGGACAUGGCCCCACCUACUCUACAGCUGAUGAGAUGGAAGGAAAGUGGCGCCACAGACAAACUGUUCACCCAGCCUUGUUCCAAUGUAAUCACCCCAGAAAUCACUGAGGUUUUUACUCAAAAUAUUUUUUACAAGAAAUAUUACUGCAUGCCAGACGAUACAGAGACCUUUCGACAGGAGGGAGAGGAGGUUCACAGAGACAUGAGUUCCUUAAAUGCAGAGAAAUUCAGUGUCACAUACUCAACAGUUGAACCUGAAGUCACACACCAAUUGGAGCUGACUGACCCCACACUGAUGAAUGAACACCAACCAGAGAAUUCCUCAGAGCAUGGAGUAGAGGACAAGUCAGACCUGACCCACCCUGAGCUUCCUUCAGAAGAUUCCCUGUUUGUCCAACAAUCGCACCUAGAGCAGGAGUCCCUCUCCACAUCGCUGUACACACAGUCUUUGCUGGACAGCCAGGACUUUGGAGAGAGGAGAAUAACCCGGCGAGCACAAAAGCUUCUUAGUGCUUUACAAGGCACUCAAAUGAGCCAAAACAACAACCCCUUCUUCAGCUUGAAGGCACUUUGUCAAGGGAGCACUCGGUCCCAGGCGGCCACCAAUUUCUUCUGUUUCCUGGUUCUGAAGAAACAACAGGCCCUUAGACUGCAGCAGAUCGCCCCCUAUGAGGACAUCCUGGCCACGCCUGGACCCAAGUUCUAUGACUGAAAUGAAAUUAAUUGCCUUUGUUAGAAUUGAUUUAACUUCACACCACGCUACAGUUUCAGCUUGUUUCACAUUUACAGCUUUGAUUACUGUGUGACUCGGGUGUAUGUAAAUGUUGGAAUAAACAUUUACUGGUAA